AUGGAGGUUUUUGCAGAUCUGGGUUCAAGAGAUCCACACUUCACGUAUCGUGUCCAGGCGGACCAGGAUGGGCGGAUAACGACUCUUAUGUGGGCAAAUGGGAGUAGCAGGCUGCAGUACACAUUCUUCGGAGAUGUUGUUACCUUCGAUACGACAUAUAGAACAAACCUGUACAACAUGCCAUUUGAUUUGUUUGUAGGUGUGAAUAAUCAUUUCCAGAGCAUCAUCCUAGCUGGGGUUUUGGUCCGUGAUGAGAAGGUCGAGACAUUUGAGUGGGUUUUCACAGAAUUUGUUAGGAUGAUGGGCGGAAGUGCACCCAAAACCAUUCUGACAGAUCAAAACCGAGCGAUGGAGGUUGCCAUUAAAAAUGUGAUGCCUCAAACGGCACACCGAUGGUGCAAGUGGCAUGUGCUGAAGAAGGCAAAGGAAUCACUCGGCUCGUUGUACACCAAGAAGAGCGAGUUCAGGGCAGAGUUCCACAAGGUAGUAAAUCACAUGCUUACAAUCGAUGAAUUCGAGGAAGGUUGGAAGAUAUUGGUUGAGAAAUACGAUCUGAAGACACACGACUACAUGACACAACUGUAUGACAUAAGACACAAGUGGGCGAAGCCAUAUUUUAAAGGUGUUUUCUGUGCUAAGAUGACCAGCACCCAGCGCAACGAAAGUGCGAAUCACAUGCUGAAGAACUAUGUCCCGCCUAGUUGUCCAAUGCAUUUGUUUGUGAAGAAAUACACGAGACUUCAGUUUGACAGGGAAGCUGAGGAGAACUACGAGGAGAAGCGGACACGGAUAGGCAGACCACUGUACAAAGCAAACUUAGCUAUUGAGAGACAUGCCGGCAAGAUAUACACACGAGCUAUGUUUGAGCAGUUUGGGCAUAUUCUCUAUGAGUGCGGCGCAUACCAAGUGGAGGAGCUCGAGAAAGGGAAACUAUAUCUUGCAAUUCAUACUGAAGCCGCACGGAGAGAAAAAUGGUGUAGGGUAUCAUAUAAGGUGAAUGUUCUUGAAGGAGGUGAGGAAUUUGACGGCGAGUGCGGGCAAUUUGCACACAUGGGGCUCCUUUGCAGCCAUGUUCUGAAGGUGCUGGAUUUCAUCCGUAUUACGGAAAUACCACAGAAGCACAUUGUCAAGCGAUGGACCAGGGACGCGCGUGACGUAUUACCAGCUCACCUUACUCAAUAUCAGAGAGAUAAUGCACAUAAAGUCCAUUCGGCUUCAGAAAUUAGGGAUGUGAUGGGUUUGGAGGACAGGGUAGCUGAACAUGGAGAUGUUGUUAAUCAACUACCAGUACAAACACCUUUUGCUGCAGCAAGUGGCGGUGCAGUUAUGGUUACGAUGAAUCAUGAUGCUACUUCUGCAAAUGAGAGUGGCAACAGACUUGCUGGGUUGUUGGCGCCAAAGAAGAGGAAAGAAAUGGGGCGCCCAACCACCAGCCGUGAGAAGGCACCUUACGAGGGGCUCAGCAAACGGACAAGGUUCUGUAGCAUAUGUCGGCAGCAGGGGCACAAGAGGACUACAUGCUCGGACAGGGGUGAUGCCCCGAAGCCUAUUCGCAAGCCAGCGAGGUGCAAAAAUUGUGGAAUCAAAGGGCACAGGCGAAACAACUGCCACAAAGUGGGUGAUCUAUGGAUGAUUGGGCUGUGA